UUAUAUACAGCGCACACCACAAAGUCUUUCACAGUAUUAGUGAGUAUUAGAGUUUGACCCAACCUCUUUGCUUUGGCCCCACAUAUCUUUCCUUCUUAUCUGUCUCACUCAUUUACUCACAUUCAAAAGAAGACUGACAUGGACAGAUCUGCACAGGGUGGGAAAGCUUUCGGGUUUCUUAAGGCACAGCAAGAAGAAAAAUUGGACUCAAUCAAUGAGACGUUUCUCAAUGAUCCUAAAUAUGCAGAUGAAGAGGACCUUGGCGUCAAACUGGUCUCUUUUAAAGAGAAAUACAUGGAGUUUGAUCUCAAUGACCAAGGAGACAUAGACAUGAUGGGACUCAAGCGCAUGCUGGAGAAGCUGGGAGUGGCCAAGACUCACCUGGAUCUGAAGAAGAUGAUGUCAGAGAUAGUGGGAGGAACUUCACAUGACACAAUCAGCUAUACAGAUUUUGUGAGCAUGAUGCUGGGCAAGAGGAAUGCCAUACUGAAACUAAUCUUGAUGUUUGAGGACAAGGGAAAGGAACAAGAAACAAAGGAGCCUGGCCCACCUCCCCGCAAGACUUUCUCUGAUCUGCCCUGAAGUCAUUCAUAUUUUCAAUUAGAAUAAAGGUUUUAACAGUAUAUGGUCCUUACUGCUAUAUUGAGAGAAUGAUACAGGACAGUGCAUGCAUUCCGCAUGAGAGUACAGCUUAUGUGAAAGUAGUUGCUGCAGUUUUCUGCUUGAAAGAUUCAAAGCAGCCCAACGGAUUGAGGGGGGUGGAGAGGAUGAAUGAGAAAUAAAGCGCAUAGGCUACAAGUUCGCUCUAAAUCCUUUUUGCAAUUUGAAUUGAAAUCAAAUAUCAAUAAAAUCUGCAUCAUUUUAAAAAAGCCUUAAAAGCAAGCCAUCAUUGUUAUAAAUUGUUACAUGACUGGUAAUAAAGAUACUGUAUUACUAUUA